AUGAGGUCUGUGUCGAAGAAUAAAGCAUCGUUGUCCAGUCGAAUCCGAGGCUGCGGUUUAUGGCUCAUCCGAAGGCGUAAGAGAAAUCCUUUAUGGCUAAUCGGAAGGCGUAAGAGAAAUCCAUGCAGAUUCUUUCAUCCAAAUUCUAAAUUGGCAGAAGAUCGAAAAGAUUUUGAUAAAAGGUAUUUACCACAUGAAAUGAUGAUCGAAAUUCUUACAUGGCUUCCACCGGAGGAACUUCUACGUUGCCGGAGUGUCUGCAAGUCAUGGUUAUCGGCAAUUUCCGAUGCCAACUUUAUCGCCGAUCAUAGGCAAAAGAACAGCAGCAAGGAUCGUGUCGUAAUUCUUACGACACUGCCAGCCGCAUCUUUUGGUCGCCUAGUUGAACUCGAAUAUCGCCUCUUUUCCGACGGGAAUUGCUCGAAUACAAUUACUCAGUCUUUUCGAAAUGAUGGGCAGCAUUUGUACGCCUCUGAAAAGUGGGAUCUUGAGGGCACAUGCAAUGGGGUUUUUUGCUUAACAAAUUAUUUGUACGAUAGUUAUUUGUACGAUAUCGACUAUAAAUUCAUGAUAUGCUUAUGCGAUUCCUCGAUACGAAGACUAUCUCUUAUCCCGAACUAUAAAUCGCGAUAUCGUCGUUCUACGGAUCGAUUCGGGAUUGGAUUCGAUACAUUGGAAAAGGGCUACAAGAUCGUGAAGGUAAACAUAUUUUUUUUUAGGGGUCGUCAUUUUGGACAAGCUGCUGUUCUUUCGCUUAAAUCCAUGAUCUGGAAAGAUAUUGAGUGCCUACUUUAUGGUAAGACUUUGCGUGGCAAAUCAAUUUUUUUACAUGGAUCGAUCCAUUGGAUUGGCGAUAGGGUUGAUGCGACGGCUAGUUGUGUAGUCUCUUUCGACCUUCGUAACGAAGUUUUCAAAGAACUAGAAUUGCCGCGAUGUAAGUAUACUAAAAAAAUGUCGAUUCAUGUGGUCGGAGGAGACACUCUUUGUGCUAUGGCAUUUGAAGACGAGGACUUGACUUGUCGCGUUUGGAUGAUGAAAGAAUAUGGGGUCGCAGAGUCGUGGAUAGAGCAAUAUAAAGCUGUUCUUCCCGUUGGGAUACUUCGUUGUGUGGAUGUGAGUAUUGGCGGGAGAUUACUAUGCGUAAGCGAUGGAUCCGAUCUCUAUCUUGUGAAAAGUGGACUGUUAGAAAAAUUGAUUGAUAAAAGACCGGAUAGUCGCCGGAUGAAGGCGCGGGAUAAUUAUGGAAAAUAUAUUUUGUACGAUCUGCAGUCGCAAAAUUACACUAGCAUUUGUUGGGGAGACUUGGAUUGCAUUGUCUUCUCCAUCCAAAGCAGUCUCGACUUUUUAUAA